CACGAAUUCACGAUGUUGAUCUCAGUUUCACAAAUAACCGAAAACAGUUGAAACUUAGAAAAUGUCUUAAUCUUAAGUUUAGAAAAUACCUAAUAAAAGUGAAUCCUGUUUCUAGUCAUUAAGAUUCAUAUUGUUGACAAAUUUAAUAUGCCUGCUGAACGCCGUUUGUGGAAAAUAGUAUUUGAUAAUUUUUUAAAAUCUCUUCAACCUAGAUUGAAAGAAAAACCAAUAGGUUCUGAUGCUCAAGGUAAUAAAUAUUAUGAGUUACAAGCCGAUCCUCAAGGUGGCCGUCGAUUGCCAAGAAGGUGGUUUGUUCCUGUUGAUGAAGAAACGGGUGUUCCAACACCUGAAUGGUCACAGUGGUUAAGAGGACGACGGGAUGAACCACCAACUCCUGAGGAAAUUGCUCAUAAUGAAGCUAUUGCAAAUAUGAAAAAAGUUAAUGCUGAAAAUAUUGCCCAAAAAUUUAGACUUCCAGACUCAACAGAUAAUGAGACAAAAUAUCAACAAAAUAGUAAAGGGUUUCCUGAUAUGUCUGAAAAAUUUGAAAGACAACCUGGAAAUUUAAAAAGUAAAUUAAAAUAAAUUUUACUCUAUCAAUUAAUAAAAUAUAUAUUUCAAAAAUUACAAUUUGUUGUGUAUUGUUGUUUUUUAGUAGAAUACAGUAUUAAUGUAAUAUUAUAGAAAAUAUAAUAGUUAUUUUUGGGUAUAAA